AUGAGUAACUACGACGUCAUUUGCGUACUGGGAAACCGUGGAUGUGGAAAAUCCCGUGUUUGUCAAUGGAUCAAUUCCCAACAAGGAAAUGGCAACAUCAUUGCUAUUGAAUCUGGUGACCCAUCAGCUUCUUCGUAUGGAUUUGAUUCGAAUCUAAUCAAUCAGCUGGUAUUUGAACAUCCGUUCGAAGAUGAAAUCUUUAAGAAUACAAUCUUACCUGAUCGAACAAGUGCAAAUCAGCGAAUCUACUGGAUUAUUCUAGAUUGUGAUGUUGACACAAUCCUAAAAAGAAUUCCGACGGCAUUGAAACAAGACGUAUGGUACACCAGGAAAGCUUUGCAUUACUAUCAGCAACGCUAUCGACAGUUAGGUGCUCAUUUCGGAAUACCAUUUCUUGACAUAACGAAUUCAGCUAUCGAAGAGAUUUCUCACGAAAUAUUCAGUAUUAUUCGCAACGACUCGAAUUUUUAUGAGCAUUACCGUCGAAUUGGCACACAAAUUCUAACGUAUGAUAUCAUCGAAAAACAUGACAUUGAAAAUCAACUCCAUUCAAUCAUUCGUCUUGAUGAAAUACCUAAUUUACCCGAAUAUGCGCAUGAAUUUACUAAUAUUGAUCAACGAAAAUUAUACACAAAGUGGUAUGUCAAUAAUCAAUCAUGCGAAAUUAAUUCCGAACGAAGUAUUCUCCGAUGCGGAGAAUAUGAUUUACCAAUCACCGGACCGAUAUUCAAACUAACUACGGAAGGUGAAUCGAAGAAGAUUUAUAAAGAAAUCAGCGGCAAUCCUUUAACGAAAAAUCUAGCUUUUAUCGUUUUGAAAUCGACGAUUUAUUCUCAUUCAAAACAAAUAACAGGAGAAAUCAAUAGUUUAGGAUCCAUUCGUGCAUGUGGCUCGCAAUUAUUCCUAGAAAUGAUGUGGCGAAAUGGUUUAAAACAUGCUUAUCGCUCGAUCAGUGCACACGGUAUUAUCGUUAGUGAUUUUGUCAAGGAAAUUUCUCCUAUGGAAAUCAUUGUAAAACGAUAUUGCGAGGGAACGGAUAAAAAUUCGUAUUAUGGAAUUUUAACCAACGAAAAUAUUGUUUCGCCGAGGACCAACGGGGAAUAUCGGUCUGGACCCUAUGUUCGAUUUGAUUGGAGAAAUCCAAAUCAUAUAUCACCAAAUACAAAACAAGCAUUAAAUGAAAAUAUUUAUUAUUACAUAUAUGAACAAUCGCUCGGGAAAGAAGAAUUUUUCAAGAAAAUUCUUGCGGACAAACAAUAUGCUAUACCGAUGGGCGAUAAGAAUAUCAGUGAAGAUCUUCUGACUGAUGUUAUUCAUCUUAAACAAACGAAACUGGCUGUUUUGAAAAUGUUCAUGGUGAUUCAGUCGUACUUCUCACGUGUGAAUUUUCUGAUCAAAGAUGUUUGUUUUAUGUUGAAUCGGACUGGUGAGCAAUUUUGGAGCGAAAUCAACCAGGAUUGUAUGCGAAUAACAAUGAAGGAUGAGAAGCAAACCAAGUUUGACAAAGACAUAUGGCGUAUUGGUGGAUCGAAAUCUCGAGAGCAAAUUCUACAAAAAUGGACUGAUUUUAACGAAAUGUUCAAAGAAUAUUUUAGGAAAAAUCGAUUUCAUCAAACAGAAUUAUUCGACUUGAAUUCCUACUUUUACCAAGAAGAAAUUCAUCGACUGUUAACCGAUGCAGAUCUAAGAAUUCCUAAGCAUUUACAAGAUUUAUGGUUGAACAUUCAAGGUAAAACAUCUCGUCGAGUUCUUGUUACUAUGGACAUGUUCAAUGGGCAGCCAGUCCUAGUGAAAAGUUCACAAGUUUGCGAAAUUCAUAGUAGUGGGGAUUAUCUGAAAGCCAUGGAAAAGCUUGCAAUCUUUCCGGAUAUAUUGGUUGUUGAUCUCAAUGGUGCAUUCGGUGAAAUUGACACAGCGAAUCGUCGAAUUAUCAAACAGUUAGCUCUAAAAUAUCAUGUGCAUACAGGUGGUGGCUUACGAACUAUCGAAGAUCUUGAAGAAAUGUUGAAUUCCGGCAUUCGUCGAUGUGUCAUGGCCAGUGGUGAAGAUUCGUUAUUCGAAAAAAUUCCCAAAGAUCGUCUGAUCGUUGAAAUAAGCGUCAACGAGAAAAACGAAGUACUGAUUCAUGGACGACGAACUAAUACACACGUAAAUAUCUUAACAAGACUUCAUCAAUUAAUUGAUGUUGGUGUCCGUGUUAUAAGUAUAACAUUUGUUCAAACCGAAGGGCAUCUUUCCGGAAUUCCUCGUCAACAAGUUCGGGAAUUAAUUUCACAAAUUCCGUAUGAUAUCGAAAAAAUUUAUAUUGCCGGUGGAGUUAGCUCAUUGGAUGAUUUGGAUUACCUUUGGUCGUUUCCUCGUAUUAUACCAGUCCUUGGUUCGGCUAUAUGGAAAAACAAGUUGACGAUCGGACAGAUCUAUAAUCGAAUGCUGUAUUUCGAUGAGAGUGGUCUUGUACCAGCGAUUAUCCAAGAUAUCAAUGGAUCAGUGAAAGGUUUAGUUUACAUGAAUGAAAAGUCGAUUGAGAAAACAUGUGAAAAUCGAGUUUUAUAUCGCUAUUCAAGAAAGUUACAACGAGUGAUCAUGAAAGGUGAAAUGUCCGGUGACCAACAACAGAUAAUCCAAUUAAGUGUUGAUUGUGAUUCGGAUGCGCUGCUGAUUACUGUUGAUUCACACAAACCAUUUUGUCACACAGGGAAUCAUAGUUGUUUCAAUGUGCAAACAAGUUUAAAAGGCAAUUUUGCUAUUCUAGCUGACCAUAUCAAAUCACGAAUGUCUACUGACAGUUACACCGGAAAAAUCCAACGAAAUCCUUCAUUAGCUCUAGUGAAAAUCAUGGAAGAAUUGUGGGAAAUUGUCGCUUGCCACCACGACAAUCAAAUCGACGAAUGCAGUGAUAUGAUUGCGCAUUUGAUAAUGUAUCUCAAUGGAAUGGGAAUAUCAAUUGAAGAUAUCUGUAAUGAAUUAAAUCGACGACGAUGGAUGGCAAGAGGUUUGACUACUCCUAUGAUUGAACAAAAACCUAAGGAAAUCAUAAUUGGAAUUACAAGUUCGAAAUAUACUGAUAAAACCGACAGAUUUGCUGAAGAAGAACUAGGCAUACGGAUCAGACGACAGUCCGGUCGUAAUUUUUAUGUUAGUGGACAAAUCAUCGAUCGAGACAAAUUUUCGAAAUAUUUUCAUUCAGAUGCAAAUUUUCAAAUUACGUUAUUUUCAAGUAAACCCAAAGAUAUGAUAUGGUUACUAGCAGCAAAACGUCUGACACAUAUCAUCACAUUUGAUCCAGUGGUCAAAAAUUAUCCAAAAACUUAUGCGACCGUGCAUGAAAUCGUCGAUCCAACGAUUUGUCUGGCAUUAGUAUGUCGUUCAGGCGAAUCGAUUGAACCGGCUAAAUGGACGAAAACGAAUAAAGUCCUCAUUGCCAGUGAAUACAUAUGUCAGACCACAAGAUUCCUUGAAGAACAUCAUAUCCAUCGACACACAUAUCAUAUAGAUAAAAUAAGUGGAGCAUCGGAAGCAUUUUUAGUCAAUACAAAGAAAUAUUUAUUAGCCGAUACCAUUGUUGAAAGUGGUAGAACGUUGAAACAAAAUCAAUUAGAAAUAUGGAAUGUUAUUGUGCCGAGAGGAGAAAUACGUAUUGGACUUUAUGAAUAUAUUUUUGCCAAAAAUGAAUAA